AUGCCGAGUAGGUUUACCAGACCACCAUUUAUCUCUUAUGAUGGGAAGACAAGCCCUGUUGAACAUGUAAGUCAUUACAUUCAAAUGAUAUCUUUGUACAAUCAAAAUGACGCAUUGAUGUGUAAGGUGUUCCCCUCUAGUCUUGGGCCCACGGCUUUAAGAUGGUUUAAUGGGUUAAGGAAGGAAUCUAUUCACAGCUUUGGAGAGCUAAUUCAGGAGUUUGGAGUUCGGUUUAUGACCUGUAGCCAAGUACCACGGCCACUAGACACGUUACUCUUUAUGAAGAUGGGGGCAUGGGAGACUCUUCAAAGCUACGCCAAUAGGUACUGGGAGUUAUAUAAUGAGAUUGGAGGGGGUAAUGAGAAAAUCGCCGCAAGCACUUUCAGAUUUGGUUUACCAGAGGACUUGGAGUUACGAGAAUCAUUGACAAAGAGACCCCCUGAGGACAUAAGGCAACUUAUAAGGCGUAUCGAAGAGUACAAAAGGUUAGAAGAUGAUCGGCAGUAA